AUGGAAGAAGUUGGACAGGAUCCACUGGAUGAUACGUAUUAUGUAAUGGAAAUACAAAAUCUAAAAGUCACAAAAGAGAACCUUGACUACCUGAACUCAGACCUCGAAAAGGAUCUGCUGAGACUGGAUGAGGCAAAUCAGGUUCUUCUGAGAAAAAUUCGAGAGAAAGAAGAAACUAUUCAAAGUCUGGAAAAAGAGCUCAUCAUGUCAGUAGGACUAGCCAAGGAGAAGGAAGAACUGAGUGACACCAUAUCUGAGAAGGAGGAAGCCCUGAGGGAUGUAGAAUUAGAGACAGCAAAGCUGGAAAAAAAUAAUAGCAUUCUAAGCAAGAAUGUGCUGAAGCUUCAGAAGAAGAUUUCAAGGAGAUUUAAAAAUGUUGGACUUGAUAAAGAAACCCUAACACAGAUGUUGUCAGAAUCGAAGGUGAGACUACAAAAGGCAACAGAAUGCUGUGCAACGCAAAAGCAGGAACUGGUCAAGAUAGAAAGUGAUUACCAAUAUGUGCAUCAGCUCUGUGAGGACCAGGCUCACUACAUCAAGAAAUACCAGGAAAUUUUGAGAAAUAUGGAAACAGAAAAGGAGAUGGUGCUUCUUGAAAAGGAAGUAUCUAAAGUCCAGAACAACUCUUCACAAAUAGUGAAACCUGGGGCAAUUUUGGUAGAGACCAUUCAAAACAACAUGGAGAAGACAAUCAUUAAGAAACAGAGGAGGGUCUUUUGGUACAGGCAUUUUCGGUGUCUUCUCUUCAUGACCAUGAUCUUCAUUAGGCUGCUGGGUUAUGUAUUUUUCUAUCUACAGUACAUAAACCCAGAUCUUCUUGUGGACACCCUGCCCAUGGUAAUGAGCAGGGGCACCUUGAAGAUGCUGAGGGACUCCCUUUAUCCCUCCCUCACUCUGGAGGUGAAGGAAGUUCUGCCACACUAA